AUGGAGGUCGACGCCAACAACCUCGUCGUCGGCCAGUGGAAGGCUGGUAUCUGCGGCUGCUUCACCGACGUCAUUCCCAACUGCUGCAUGGCCUACUGGUGCCCGUGCGUCUCGCUUGCUCAGAUCGUACACCGCAUCGGUCUCGGCUCGUACAUGACGGGUCUCUUCGUCUUUGGUCUGGUGAGUGUCGCAGGGCAGUACGUCACGUACACGAACCAAGGCUACGUCUUCGAUACGCAGUACAGCUACUGGGCGGCCGUCUCGAGCAGCGCCGGCCUCGCAUGCGGUAUUUGCGUCAUGAUUGUGCGCAACAUUGUCCGCAGCAAGCUCCAGAUUCCGGGCAACUGCUGCGUCGACUGCCUCUGCGGCUUCUUCUGCAACUGCUGCGCGAUCGCACAAAUGGCGACGCAGGUCCACGCGUACGACAAGGGCACGUGCGCGUUCGGGCCCAAGGACACGCUGCCGGGCUACAUGGUCUAA